AUGCGCGUGCUUCCUGAGGUUUUCUGCCUUUGCAAUUGUUUCAACAUGCAUGUAAUUGGUUGUGAAUGUGGUCGAAUCAGUGUGGUCCAAACUCGUUAGGUAGUCAUUCCGUCGUGCCCCUCCGCUCCCAUCUCUCUCUCUCUCUCUCUCUCUCUCUCUCUCUCUCUCUCUCUCCUUCUCUCUAUCUCUCUUUCUCUCUCUCUCUUUCUCUCUACUUCUGUCAAUCCCCCUCUCGGUCUCUCUUUCUCUCUCCGUCUCUCCCUUCCGCUUCCACUCUUUCUCCCUUCUCUCCGUCUCCUCUGUCCGCCCACUGCUUGUGCGAUUUCUUUGAAUUUCUGCCAAACACACAUGCGCGAGAUGACCAACCACCGUUAUAUUUUUCCCUGAUUUUAUGAGUCAUUCGUUUUCCAGUCUAUCAGUUUUGCAUUCCAUUUCUCUACUUUCCUACUUUUUCGAGAGCAGUGUUUCUAGCCGAGUCAUCGGAUAUUCACAUUGAAUUUAUGUUGCGAGUUUGAAAGCCAAAGCGACAGCGAAAGUCUCAAGUUUGGUUUGUGGAUUUUGAGAAUUUUAAGGAUUAUGCUGGUUUCCUUUCGUUUUGAGCCUAAUUAAUGUGUUCUAUAAAACAUGUAUUACUCGCUAGUUUUAUAUCAAUAUUAAAUUGUCAUCAUUUCGGGCUCGCCCUCCGCCGGAAAACGCUAGUAGUCAGUCCAUCGUUCACUUUAAUGCCCCAUAAAAUAAUAUGUUUCUAAUCGAUGCGCCCUGUCUCUUCUUCUUCUUCUUUUUCUUCUUCUUCUUCUUCCUCUCCGUCGCCAUCGCCUCUGCCGGUGGUGGUAACGACGGCGGCGGCACGAGGAGCAAGACGGAAUACGCGCGUCGAAUGAGAAGAGAAACAGCCACUUUACACUCUUGCUCCGCGAGCUCAGAGAGCCUGCUCCGCCGCUUUGCAGCACACUGAGGCGCAGGCGAGACGGGCACGCAGGAAGCCGGCAAGAACACAAAGUGCCCUCUGCCUUUUAGUCACCCUCGGCCGAACACAACAACCAUCCCUUCCUCCUCCCCUUUCGGUCAGUUCCUCUUCCAUUUUUGGCCACCGGAAAAAAACAUUUCGAACUCUCUUGAGAGCCUCUUGAUCUGUGUCCACUUGUCUUCUGUUCGUUUGCCUUCUCCUUCGUUUCAUUUCAAUUCAAUCGAACUGUUGUUCAGGCAGGCGCCUUGCUGCUCCCCAACGAUGGCGACGUCUUCGAUGUCAUCGUUGACGUCUUCAUACCACACGACGGGGCUGCCUUCCAAUUCGGUCGUGCCGCCGUUCGACGCCCGCAACCUGGAGAUCAAGACGAAGUCGAUUGAGCAGACGCUUAUUCCGCUCGUCACUCAGGUAUGAAUGACAUCAGCGCCGGAAGCGAUUAUGGCUAUCCGUUCUGUUUCCGUCGUGUCACCACGGCCCAUUUGGCACGCGAGUGUUUGUUUGUUUUGCAGAUCACCACACUCGUCAACUACAAAGAGUCCUACUUGACAAGCGGAAAACCCAAAUCCGAAAGGGCAAUGAGGGCUGCAUUGAAGGUACCAGGUAACCAGGAACAGGCCCCUUCAAAACUGUACAGUUCCAGAUCGGAAGCGCCGUCGAAGCAGCCAUCGAGAGGUUCGUGUGCGUGGGAGAGACGAUAGCGGACGAGAACGCGGACAUCCAGCCGGAAAUGUACGACGCCUGCACGGAAGCGCGCCUUGCCGGUGAGAUCUUUGCCCUUCGAGGAGCCUCUCCAUCCGUGGGCACUAAAUCCGCCCCUCUCCUUUGCGGGGAUCACAUUUCACCAAAUCAAAGCACAUCGAAAAGUGUUGCGUGAUUACACAACGCCGGGUUCUUCCCGUAUCGGAGAGAGCAACGAGCGGCUCGCCGACGCAUGCACAAAUCCGCGCGCGUAUCCGAUUACCCGCCUCCCUUCGGCUAAGAACCCAGCCAUUCUUGUUGUUCCAGGCGCUUCGAUGGCCAACCUGUCGUGUGCGUGCAACGAAGAUCCGUCCUCGGUGGUGGACAAGGCCGUUCUCGUGAGAGCGAGCAGGCAACUUCUGAGCAGUGUGACGCGAGUGCUUCUGCUCGCGGACCGUGUCCUCGUGAAGCAAGUGCUCCGAGCGGAAGACAAGGUAUGAAAAGGAAAACAGAAGGGAGACUCUCUCAAUGAUUUCAGAUCGCCUUCUCCCUUUCGCGGCUCGAAUCCACACGAUCUUUCAAUGAUUUCGUCAAAGUGUUCGCGGUGUUCGGUGGAGAAAUGGUCGAACUGGCGCAUCGGAGCGGAGACCGACAGCACGAUUUGAAGAGCGAAAAGAGGAAAGCACAGAUGUCCGUGGCAAGGACGUCGCUCGAAAGACUCACUAUGCUUCUGCUCACCUCCUCAAAAACAUAUCUCCGGCAUCCUGACUGCGAUUCGGCGCUUCAGUGUCGCGACGGAGUGUUCUGUCAGAUGAAGUUGUCUCUCGAACUGAUUGCCAUUUGUGUCUGCGACGGAAUCAUCACAACUGACAAGAAUCGGUACAUUCAAGACGAGCCGGACAUGCCGAUAGACAUUGCACUUCAGUUGACAGCCAACGCAGCCAUCAAACAGCUCACUGUCAGUCUCUCCCCGCCCCUUAUUUCCAGUUUUAUAAUAUCAACUUCAGGAGAUGUUGGAGAUGAUUCGAAUGACGGUUCGGGUGGGCGCAGGAGUCCGGGAACGGAUAGUUUCUGCCCUGGACGCCCUCUGCCAACUGACCCAGGACUUCACCGAUUCCGCCUACACACCACAUCAUCAACGGGAGCAGAUUCUCGAUUUCCUCGAGGAGUGCCGCUUCGAAAUGACCAAUUUGAUUCAACCAGAUGAGAACGAGCAAUUGGCUGCGAGCGGACUGGAAGUUACCGUUGAACGGCUGAACCGAAGGCUCAAAGAUCUGAGCAAACAGCUGCAGAUAGUUGCGAUGGAGCAGAUAUCAGAAGUGUUGCGGGCCAACGAGGACCAGGUGUUGCUGUCGUCGAUGAAGGCGUGCGCGGUGGCAGGAGACAUCGACGGGGUGGAGAAGUACAUGCACAAGUUCAGAGAGCACGCGGAUCACAUGCAAGAAGUCUGCCGCCUCCUCCACCACAUCUCGAUCACUGAUGCUCUGCAUGUCCACACAGGGCACGUCGAGCGAAAUAUGAGAGCUCUGGCUCCUCUGGUAUACGGAUACUUUGUGCCAAUCUUAAGAUAUUCCCAUUUGCAGACGAUUCUCGCUGGAAGGACGCUCUGCGUGCAUCCAUCUUCUCGAAUCGCCAGGGAGAACUUGGAAGUGUUCUGCGACACGUGGGGCCAAACCGUCAGUUGUGCAUUGAUUCGGCUGCCAACCGUUCUCUUUUGCAGGUGAACGAUCUUUCCCGUGUGGCGAAGGAAUCCGACGUGGCAGCGAACGGACGCGUGGCGGCGGAGAAGCAGGCGUACAUGUCACUGCCUAGGCCAGGGGUGAGUAACAGUUCGGUCAGCCGUCGGAAGCAUGAGGGUGACUCUUCUGACUCGUCGAACGAACUUCUUCCGAACGGAGGAAGAAGACCGAAGAAGCUGGGGAUGGCUCCGACGCGUGUAGUUGAUCAGACAGGUGACGAGGCGAGCAGCGACGAGGAACAGGCGGACAAACAGGAAGUGGAAGCCUUCCAGUACAGAAUGAGUCUAAUCAUCGAUGAUCUGCAAAGUGACGUGGAAAGACGAUGACUAUGCUUCCUGCAUGACUUCUUUUUCUUUUCUUCUCUGUUCCACUACCAUCUUCUCUUUCUUUUCUUUCUAUUUCUCUUCUGUGAUGUGCUGUGUUCUUGUUGUGCCAAAAUAAAUGUUGUGCUGGUAUGAGAAAGAGAGAUCAAAAAUGGAACUCUCGCUGAUUUCAGAAGCACGGAACCACCCAGAAACCGUCGAAACCAAUCACUUUGGAUGUUGAGGUUGUCUCUUUUCCAUUAAAACGAAAAUAUUCUUCUCUUUCAGGACCAACAAAAGAUGGCCAAGGUGGGAUUGGAAAUGAAGCUGCUGACUUCGGAAGUGGACGCCGAAGCCGAAAAGUGGGACGAGUACGCCGAGAAUGACAUUGUGAAGCGGGCGAAAGCCAUGUCCUCGAUGGCCUACAACAUGUACCUGUUCACCCGAGGAGACGGUCCUCUCAAGACCACGCACGAUCUGUUCACGCAAGCCGAGUUCUUUGCCGAACAGGCCAAUCAAAUGUACCGAACGGUGCGGGAGUUCUCGUACGAAGUGCCCGGAUCGGCCGAGAAGUCAGACCUGUCGGCGAUUCUGGAGAGGAUUCCACUGCACUGCCAGCAGCUUCAGGUGAUGGUCAAGAGUCCGACGGUCGGGAAGACGGCCACGUUCGGAAAGGUCGACUCGGUUAUCCAGGAAACGAAGAAUCUGAUGAACGAGAUUGCGAAACUGGUGACUGCUUCAUUCGUCUGCGCCACGAAGGUUAGUGUUUCGACCUGAAAUGUACUGAAUCCUCUUUCGAAACCGAACAGAUUCUAAUCAACGUAUUCAGAUGUUUGCUCAAGAAUCCCAACAAGGGUAAGUUUGUCCCUAGCGCGAUGAGUAGCUGCCCCUCCCUCAGUUACCCGAACUUUCCUUUCCCAUCCUCCUCGCAUUCGUGCGGCCAAGUCUUGUGUACUCUCUUGUGUUCGUCGAGUUCGCAAAAGAGAAAUCUGAAUCGGAAAGCGAUUGAUUAGGUUGCAAUCUGUGCUCGUUCUGUACUAGCUGAAUGUGUUCUGCAACCCAUCCAACACCUCCCUUUUUCAGUACGAAAUCGAGUUUCGCGGAGGUUCUGUCAAUGGGCGGACGGGUGCCGACGGUGAAAGGACUAGUCGCGAAUCGACUGUCAGUUGCCCCCUCUCGCCCCCUCUCCUCCAACUCAAUGACUUCCAGGUUUGGCGCCGGACACCAAGCAUCCGACGAGCCGCGCCGCCGACCGCUUCGCUCCUUUCCGCCAACAACUCAUCAAGCAUACACCUUUAGGUGCUCGUCCGACCCCUCCACUCAUCCCUAAUCCUCUUUUUUCAGCAGUACGAUAG